AUGGAGCCGGACGAGAAGGCUCAGCUCGAGGAGCGUCUCAAAUCCGCCCUCUGGCUGUCCAUCGGCAAGAUCGUGGAUGAGGAAACCAUCAAGCUGGGCGCGAAUGCAACCCCCCAGUUCAUCGGUGCCUUGACCGAAAUGGUCUGGGCCCAGAUAGAAACGGUCAGCCAGGAUCUCGAGUCCUUCGCCAAGCAUGCCGGACGGUCUACUGUCAAUGUUUCCGACGUGAUGCUGCUUGCUCGCCGCAACGACGGGCUGGAUUCGAUUCUGCGUGCCUUUGUCGAACAGCAGCGCAAUGAGGCUCAAUGA